AUAUUUAGUCGUCGUUCCUCCCAUUUCAGCCUUCCCCAAGUCAUCUCCAAAUUUUCUCAGUCCACAACGGCUGCUGUCACUCUCCACAGAGGGAGAGAGCGAUUUUCUUCUUUGUAGAGCGGAAGGCAGAAAAUGGAGCCGGAGGUGUUUUUGGUUCUGUGGAAUCUGACUUCCAACUUCUGAAGUUUGUCUUCUUUCACACAACUCUUGUUGGAUUCUUCCGGGCGAAAGCACAAUGGCUUUAGGAAGCCAAUUUGCCAUGGAUCACUAGGAAGCUGGUUCACACAAAAUGGCUAGUGAUGUUCAACAAAAUUAUUAUGAAUGGAAGCAUGAGCAAAAAGGUUCUCAGGAACCUUCUAUUUCACAAAUGAUGGAUCAUGGCUCCAUAUCUUUUGGAAGAUUUGCAUUCGAGCCAUUGUCGUGGGAGAAAAGAUCUGUUUUUACUUACAACGAACGUCAGGAAGAGCUUGAAAAAGUCAAAUCCCCCGGUUUAGUAGCAAAGAAAAAGGCGUACUUUGAGGAAUAUUACAAAAAGAUUCGUGCUUUGAAGGCUUUACAGAACCAGCAAACUGAGCUCUCUUUGGAAUAUGGUGCUGAUGGCAGCAUCUCUAGUCAAACUGGAGAUGAAGAUGAACCACCAUUGUUGAGCUCAAGGCCCAAUGAAAUGCCUGAAAGUAUAAGUAAAGCUCCAUUGGAAGAUCUUACAGGUCCUGGAUCUGUUGAAAAUUGUGCUGCAGAAGAAGCCACUGGGCCACAUAGAAGUCACAGUGAGAUGGAGAAGGAAGAAAAUCACAAUAAUUUUGUUAAAAUUGAAAAUUCUAAUCCUGAAUUUGUGGUGCGCAGACUAUCAACAGAAAGCUCAGAAGAAAUUGAACAGAACGAAAAAAGUCACGGUGCGAAUUUGUCGAACGAGAAUGAUAUGUGCUUAAAGAUGGAGCCUGGUUUAACUCGCCCCUUCGUAUGUUCGACUGAUCCUACAGUUUUAAAUGCCGUAGUGGAGAAAAAUAAGUUGAUGGUUCAUAAGCCUAAGGAAGACUCUUCUUCAGUUCCAAUGUCAAAGGAACACGCUGCUUCAAACAGAUACCUUUCAAAAUCUGUUAAAAAAUCAGUACCAGAAUGCAAAAAGUCAUCACGGCCCUCGAACCGAGUCCAUAAGAUUGAGAAAGCUGACACUGAAAUUCCUUCAAGCAAGAAGGGUUCUAACAAAGCCAGAAGCAGCGAUAAAUCCUCUUCUGUUGCUUCUCAUCGAUCACCAACUGAAGUACAGAAUAAAGUUUCUAUUCUUAGGUCACAUUCAAAAGUUACAAAUAAGUCAUCAUCAAGGAAAUUAAAUCCAGAUGGAAAAUUAAAAUUACAGGGUGAAUCAAGGGAGACGACUAAACGGAAUACUGUUAAAAAUGGUGCACUACAAAGUAAAAGUGCGGGUCAUGAAGAAUUCAAGAACUUGGAAAGCAGGUGCAGUACCGUUGAAGGAAGAGCUGCAACAGAACAACUUAAAACAAGGUCUAUCAAUCUUUGUUCCAGAAAUAUUCAUGAUCCAAAUAGAGUUAUUAGUUACCUACCCGGAAGCUUAUCAGCUGGAGAUAAAAGCAAAAUGGCAAAUGCUUCAACAACCAGGAAAUAUGAGGUGAAGGCCUCCAAGAUCAGCACUGUGAGGCCCAGUGGAAACAACAAAGCUGAUGCUACUAAGAAACAGAUGACCACAGUAGAAAAACUUGAAAGGCCAAAUGGUGUGAGCAAAUCAUUCAUUGGUGGAAUGCCACUUGUUGUGAAGAAAUCCAGGAAGGAGAAUCCAAGAUGGAGGUGAUCUUAAUGACUAAGAAAUGCUUUCUGGCUAUUUUGUUCAUUUGUAUAGAGUAUGUUUAGCUUUAAUUAACAAGCACUUUGUGGAUGACUCUUUGAUGCAAAAAAUUUAUAUGAGGUUUUGAGGUUAAUGUUAAAUUUGUAUUUGGGGUAAUUAUGUAAACCUCAUAUAAUUGUAUUUAAUAGGUUUAGUUUUUAGUUUGAACCCCAAAUAAGGCCCAUCUAUUAUUAUUAUUUUUC